ACGACGCGCAGGACCAGGCCCACACUCCCGGGCGGCAGUGGGCGGCGGUCUUGCACCCCAAGCUCGCACGCACCCGGCUUCCUCCUUCCGGCGUGGCUGCACCCCUGCACCCUGCAGGAGGGCAGGCGGGUAGCGGCACGGAGGUCUGGGCAGAGCCCGCCUCCGUGGCUCCGGGGACGCCCACAGGCCCCGCGAGGCCCGAGCAGAGCGCCAGCGGCUGGGAGGAGCGCGAGCGCCGAUGCACGGAGGACCAUCCCACACAGUGACAGAGGGACCGUAAAUCUCAAGAGGAACAAGUCCAGCUUGGCAAUGUGACGCCUCCAAACCCAGGCCGCAGAUGGUCCGUGAUGGAAAAUGUGAACCCGUCAGGAAGGAUCAUCGAAUGGCCCCUGUCUGACAACAUGCACCAUCAGUGGCUCCUGCUGGCUGCAUGCUUUUGGGUGAUUUUCAUGUUCAUGGUGGCCAGCAAGUUCAUCACGUUGACCUUUAAGGACCCGGAUGGGUAUAGUGCCAAACAGGAGUUUGUGUUCCUGACGACCAUGCCGGAAGCAGAGAAGCUAAGAGGAGAGAAGCAUUUUCCUGAAGUCCCAAAGCCAACUGGGAAGAUGCUUGCGGACAGCCGUCCUGAUCAGCCUCCGGUUUAUCUGGAGCGGCUGGAGCUCAUCAGAAACACCUGCAAGGAGGAGGCUCUGCGGAACCUCUCACACACCGAGGUCUCCAAGUUUGUCCUGGAUCGAAUAUUUGUCUGUGACAAGCACAAGAUUCUUUUCUGUCAGACUCCCAAGGUGGGCAACACCCAGUGGAAGAAAGUGCUGAUCGUCCUAAAUGGAGCAUUUUCUUCCAUUGAAGAGAUUCCUGAAAAUGUAGUCCAUGACCAUGAGAAAAAUGGCCUUCCACGCCUCUCUUCCUUCAGCAAAAUAGGAAUUCAGAAGCGAUUGAAAACAUACUUCAAGUUUUUUAUUGUGAGAGAUCCCUUUGAAAGACUGAUUUCUGCCUUUAAGGAUAAGUUUGUUCACAAUCCUCGAUUUGAGCCUUGGUACAGGCAUGAGAUAGCCCCAGGCAUUAUUAGAAAGUACCGGAAGAACCGGACAGAGACCCGGGGGAUCCAGUUUGAAGAUUUUGUGCGCUACCUGGGUGAUCCAAACCGCAGGUGGUUAGACCUUCAGUUUGGGGACCAUAUCAUCCACUGGGUGACCUACGUCGAACUCUGUGCGCCCUGUGAGAUAAAGUACAGUGUGGUCGGGCACCACGAGACCCUGGAGGCAGAUGCCCCAUACAUCCUGAAAGAAGCUGGCAUAGACCAUCUGGUGUCAUACCCCACCAUCCCUCCGGGCAUCACCGUGUACAACAGAACCAAGGUAGAACAGUACUUCCUGGGCAUCAGCAAAAGAGACAUCCGGCGUCUCUAUGCACGCUUUGAAGGGGACUUCAAGCUCUUUGGGUAUCAGAAACCAGAUUUCUUGCUAAAUUAAUGUGUCAGACCCUUGAAUAUUGCCAGAUCAGGAGUUGGCUAGGUGAGAUGUGAGCACAGAAAUGGUAUUUCCUCUGUCGUGUCCCAUGGUUCCGUUCACGGAUGAUGUUGGGCUCAGGUGACAGAUGCUCUGAUGACCCCCUCCCCAGCCUGUGUCACCCCCAUAAAAGGUUAGGAAAGACUGGAUAUUUGCAGACAGGUGGACAGACUAGGAGGACGUGUUAGGAACCUUCUUCCUUCAGCUGUCAUGUCAUCAGCACUGUGCCAGCUAGCCAGUGUUAGAGUAGUGUCACCCGUGACCUGUGGAUUGUACAGACCCAGCACUUUCAAGAGAGAUGGAGAUGCUGAGUGGCUGCAAAGGUUACUGGGACCCAUGCAGUGUCGAAUCUAAGCCAGAAUGAUACCUCUUUCUUUCACCUUGACACAGCAGUAGCCAUAGAUACAGAUCAUGUUCUCCUUGAGCUUGAGGCCCUGUGACAUUUGGUGGUCAUAAUCACAGAACAGUUUGAGAAGUCUGACCUUUCAGGACCCAGGCUAGCCCAUUCUUUGGGACUUCUGACCCUACAAGCACCUGCUUCAUUCUUCUCUUCUGGAAAGUGAGGGUGUUAUAGGAACAUCACCUUUGAGGACUUAGAACUUGGCACAGGGAAGGAGGAGGAACCAGCCGGUCCUGGGAACUCAGGCUGCUGUGGAAUCGGGUAUCGUUGUCUUUGACCCCUGCUUUUGUCUUCGACUGUCCCGUCAGUGUGAGCAGCGGGGGCAUGUCCACCUGUCUCCUGAAUGAACCUCCCUGCCUGAGAGGGAAGAGAAGACAAAACAUUUCCAGUGGAUAGAGACAUGCACUUGCUGACGUGUCAGGACAGCACACAGGAGUGCCAUGCCUGUUUUGCAGAGUCCGGUGCUGUUUACAGACUGCCAAGUCCGUUCAUGUCGCAAGAUGGGAUCCUGUGGCCCUGAGUCUAAUAGUGCCACCAUCCUCGACUGAAAGACCACAAGUUGGAUAAUCAGAUUCAUCAGCAAUAAAAUCCUGGGUGAGGCCACCUCUGGUGAUGUCAUACAGGUAACAAGUCACCAAUCGUGGCACUGAGGCCAGCCCCAGCAAGAAGAAAGCCACAGCCGCAGUCUCGGCUGCCAACCAGCAGCAAAGGGCUAUUAAAGAUGAUGGGGCAGUUUCUCCCAGUGAGUCCCUGGCCCAGGGUUGAGAGGAAUUGUGCUAGCUUCUCCUCAAGGCUACAGCCCUACUCUCAAAAAGCCUUUCCUGAACUUGUAAAUGUGAAAGUAAAAUAAAAUUUAAAAUGUGUGCCAAAUGUGACCCAUGACUCCCAGAGGAGGGGGCUCCAGGACCCCUGGUAACUCGAGGCCAGGGAUGGGGCUACAGACUGGAAGGAGGCUCAGCCCUUCCUUGUGAACUGAUACAGUGUAAACAUGAUGUUGGGUUAUUUGUUAGUGAAGUUUUAGCAAAGCCUACUUAAAAAUCCCUCCCGGCCUGAAUUUGCUGAUCAGAAAUCUCUUUCCUGUUUUUUGACAGGCAAUAGUGUCAAUAAUGUGUGUGUGAGGUUAAGGUCUUCAAGUUAAUCUUGAUUAA